AUGCCGCCAUCACCACAUCCUCGCUCCAUCACAGGCUUCCUUGCCAAAGCGAAGCGAGCCUUGGUCGCGCCCAAGAGCACGCGACAAGCUCCUCUCCACCUUGUGGUGGACCUCGACUCCUUCUGCUCCGCCUUCCUGUACGCCUAUCUGCGAUCUCACACUGCGCCCAACUACACACUACACAUACCGCUUGCAAACAUACCGCACGAGGAUAUCCAUCUCCGCAGAGACGUCGAGUCGGUGUUUGCCACAGCUGGCGUGCAGCGCGACCAACUUAUCUCUUUGUCAAAUGUCCCAGGUGAAGAAGACCUCAAGCCGGAGGACACUAAAUGGAUCCUGGUGGACCACAACGAACUUACGGGGCCCUUGGCGCAAAGAGGGUUUGGAAAAAGUGUCGUGGGCUGCAUUGAUCACCAUGUCGACGAGGGCACCGUGCCCGUGGACACGGGAGACGAGCCAAGAAUCAUCAGGCCCUGCGGGAGCAAUGUGAGCUUGGUGAUGGAAUACUGCCGGGAGACAUGGGACCGAAUCGCUCAUGGUACAGGCAACUCAGGAGAGGAUGCAGACACGACCCAACCCGGAAGCCCAAGUGUGGCGGCACAGCUGGCUCGCAUAGCGAUGGGCCCGGUUGUGGCUGAUACACACUGCCUGAAAUCCAAGUCCAAGACGACGCCCCUGGAUAUCGAGACAGCCGAUAUGCUUGAGGGGAGAAUCAAGGCCGAGAAGCUAGAAUACGAUCGCGAAGCGUACUUUGAUGAACUUGGUCAACUCAAAGAGGACAUAACCGGCUUCAGCUAUCGCGAUGUCCUGCGAAAGGACUACAAGGAGUGGACGUCCACCGACCAGGAAGGCACGCAGCGUCUCGGCGUGUCAGCGGUGCCUCAAGGCUUUCACUACCUGCUGGACCAUGUUGGACCGAAAGAGGACCUCUUCAGAGAUGUGCGCGAGUGGGCCACCGAGCGCCAGCUUGACCUAGUCAGCAUCAUGACGGUGCAGCCUGACGGGGAGCACUUGGCACGUGAGCUGUUGUUGUGUGCGUUCAACAAGCGGGCGAUCAUUACGGCCAGGAAGUUUACUGAGACCUACGCCGAGGAGCUGCACCUUGAAACUUGGGGCGAGGGUGGCAAGCUUGACGAUUACGACGAUGAGGACGGCCGGGUGGAGUGGUGCAGGUGUUGGCACCAGCACAACAGGGAGCAUAGUCGCAAGCAGGUUGCACCCAUGCUGAGGGAGAUGAUGAAGGGCGGUGCUUGA